AUGCCUUACACUGAACAGGAUCCUCUAUUAUCAAGAGAUAGAUCAUACGCAGAAAUCAAGGAUGGACACAAUGAUCUUGCAAUUUUCAUUCGAUCCGUUUAUAAGAACCACAUCUAUGAUGAGAGCUUCACCCAUGUCUUUGAGAAUGGGGGAAUGCCUCAUCACGUGGAUCUUCCUCGAUUGAAAGCCGGCAAGAACGGAGGAGCUUUCUGGAGUGCAUUUGCUCCAUGUCCCUCAAAUUGGAGUGACUUUUCUACUGAAAAUUAUGGUCAUUCCGUUGCAUAUACCUUAUCCCAACUUGAUCUCCUCGCUCGUCUCCAAGCCGCCUACGCUUCGUACUUUUCACUUCCCGGGAAUAGUAGCACUGCUUUGUCGGCUUUCAAAAAUGGCCAACUCAUAUCCCCAUAUAUCAUUGAAGGUCUUCAUCAAAUCGGAAACUCCAUAUCCAACCUCCGCCAGUAUUAUAAUCUAGGAGUUCGCUACGCAACCUUAACACACAAUUGCCACAACCGCUAUGCAGAUGCAGCACUUGUUGAGCUUCCAGGAGGUGGCAUUGAAAAGUCAAAACCUCACUGGGGAGGAGUCUCUCUCGCUGGUCGUCAACUCAUACAUGAGAUGAACCGACUAGGGAUGAUUGUUGACCUCUCUCACACUAGUCCAGACACUAUGCGAUCAGUCUUGGGCUUGGAAGCGGACUGGCCAGGUAGUCUUGCGCCUGUGAUUUUUAGCCAUUCAUCUGCCUAUGCGAUAUGCCCUCAUCCACGCAAUGUUCCGGACGAUAUCCUACGACUCGUCAAAAAAACCAAUUCCCUCGUUAUGGUCAAUUUUGCACCAGACUUUGUAUCAUGUGUCGCGAAUUCGUCCAAUGCAAAUGGACUUCCAGAUUUCUAUCCAAACAACUCAACGUUAGAACAUGUUGCUAGACAUGUCAUGCAUAUUGGUGAUCUCAUUGGCUACGAACAUGUAGGUUUCGGUAGUGAUUUUGAUGUAGCCGAACUUCUUAAACAAGGUGUUAGCGAUGAAGAUGCUGCAAAGGUAGUAGGUGGGAAUAUUUUGAGAGUUUGGAAAGAUGUCGAUGAGGUUGCCACAUAUUUACAGGCGAGGGGGAAAAAGCCACUUGAGGAUGAUCUUGUCCCAAUGGCAUAA